UUUUCACUCACUUUCACUGGUGAUGCAUUAUCUUCACCAAACAUCUAAUAUACAGAAACACCCAGACACACACACACGCAAAAUAGAUACACAAGUGCUCUGACUGGCGCUCUGACCAUUCACCCAUCCUCAACUCCGACAGCCACAUGGCUCAUCAAGGUCACCAUCAAAAUUCAUUAAACCAUCCUGAGGAAAACGAUGAGACGCGGAGUGAGGAAUUUCUCCUGACUCCAAAAACCUCUCUCGAUCACUCCAUUGCCCUGAGCAGGGUAGUUGAAGGACAGACAUUUAGCCACCAGCACAAUCCUAUAAGGGCCAGUUUUACCCAGUCCCAUGUAAAACUGACCCAGCCUGAUCAAUUAACCAGACCCUGCCAGCAGGCACUGUACCCUAACCAGUUUAAUACUGACAGAAGAAAUUUGGGGACUCGUCAUGGCUGGCACUACACCAGCUACCAUAGCCGAAGUCCUGGAGGAUGUCAAACGAGCAGUCUACCCCCAUACUUGCCCUCUACUGAUUACCAGACUUACCUGGGAUCUGGCUGUGUUUUUCCCAGUUGGCAUCACUCCUACCCAGGUACAUACAGCUUCAGCCUUAACAGUCUGGAUCAGCCUGGCUCUCUGCACUCUUUUCUUGCAUCUGGAUCUUCCGUACACACGAACCAGGUCAUGCCUCUCCCUGGCCUUCACUGUGGGUACAGUGGGCCGGUUCCACUCCACGUAGACCCUCAGGAUCAUCUCAUCCCCAGGCCUGGAUAUCAACCACCACACAGACACAAAGAUCCUGAGCUAUUAGGAUAUACAUGUCCGGGUAACACAAAAAAUGGUGCUGUGUCUUACAGACCUGCUCAGAACAAUCCCGGCACCACAGAGCUUUCCCAGGAACAGAGAAAAGUGUUUGUCACGUAUGAGGUGGACAGCGAAGAUCAUCUUAAAGAGGUCAUCAAGUUCGUGGCCUUGUUGAGAAACAACGGCUUUGACACGCACAUUGAUGUUUUCGAGCAGCAGCUUUACAGCAUCAGUAAGAUCGACUGCAUGGAAAGAUAUCUCAAUGAGAAAGAUUACCUGAUUAUCAUGGUUAUAAGUCUGAAGUAUUUUCAGACAGUAACAGGUGUUGGUGUAGGUGUGGACUGUGAUGAGAGGACCUCAAACACUGUGUACAUCCACAAGCAGCUUCAGAGUGAAUUCAUUCAGAAUGGCUGCAGGAACUUCAGGGUCGUUCCGGUGCUUUUUCCUGGAGCUAAAAAGAGCUACGUUCCCUUUUGGCUGCAGAACACACAGCUGUACAGCUGGCCCAGGGACCGGGACGAUAUUCUGCGCCGGCUCAUGCGUGUGGAGAAAUACAACCCCCCACCUGUCGGCCCGCUGCCUACCAUCUUCUCCAUGCCUAUCUAACUGGCCAAGAUGCAUUUGGGACAACAACAACAAGAAGACCAGUGCAGUCUUAAAACUUUUAGCCAGCUGUAUGAUGGGACAUGCACAGUCAGUAUAACACACAGGUGUAAUGAAAUGCUUGACAUUAUG